CGAGCCGACCGAUCAUCCCUCAAAAUCACCGUUAAAAUUUCAACAAAUCCAAACUCCCCGCUGCAUCAGGUUGAUUAUCUUAUGGUUAAGAGUUUUUGUUUUCACCGCGCUUGUUUGCUGCAUUGAGUUCUGCUUACAGUGUUCACAAUUUCUGAUUGAAUCUGGUUACCUUCAUAACCGAGUUUGGUUCAGUUGUUUUAAUACCAACGACAUAGUCGACGUUAUACCAUGGAGCCACGUUAUUCUGGAGAAAUUUUGAAGCAUUUGGAGAAGCAGAAUGAGCUUCUUAACGAGGUCCACAGAUCAAUGUCUCAUGAGUUGCAUAAACUUCAGGUUGAGGAAGAGAUGUUGAUGCGUAAAUUUUAUGAGCUUAUGACAGCACAGAGUCUUAAUAGAAAGAAAGAAGACCCUGUUAAUGUUUCAGAUGAUAGUGGAGAUGGAAACUCCACUGCCUUAGUGUGUUUAACUAGUAGUGAUCAACAGUAAGGAUGUCAAGUUUGUUCAGUUUUAAUCUAUUGUUUCAAAUUUGUUAGUGAGUUUUUGCAGCUUCAAUUUGGUCUUCAGCAGUGAAAGAGUUUAAAGAUUAUUUAUUUGCUUAUGAGCACAUAUUAAAUGUAUAGGAGCUUUAGUUUCAUUUUUCGAAUGGCUUGUUUAAUUGAGGAUGUAAAUAUGCAUUUUUGAGUUAUCUCCAUAGACCGCAGUAAGGGUUUUCGUUC